AUGCGUCCUCCGAGAAUCGCCAUUCUCGUGCUCUUCUUCGCCGCCUGCCUCUUCCUGCUCUGCCGCUCCAUCACGGCUGUAGGGCAAACCCCUCCGGUCAUAUCGGCGCCCGCGUCCACCCAGAAGUCCGGCUUCAGGUCGCUCUUCUCCUUCUCGGCGCCCUUCUCGCUCUUCCCGCCGAAUGCCAUCAUUACCAUUGCCGAUGACAACAGCACAUCAUUCGCCGCGCGGCCGGCUGCUUUCGGGCCCCCGCUGCCCACCAAAGGCCUGAACGGCCAGCUCUGGAUCGGCAGCGGCUUUACCGAGGAUACUCUGCAGGACGGCGAGGAGAGCGAUGGAGAGCUCGGCUGCAGUGAUGUGCCCGGUUACGACGGCAGCAGCAUUACUGCUGUGUUCAAGUCUUCCGCCAAGAAGAUUGACGACAAGUCUGCGCCCAGUCUCUCCGGGGCCAAGUCGAAGAACCAGAAGCGGGGUGACAAGUCCAACAGCCCCAUGAUCGACCGCAUUCCCGUAUCGAACCCCGAUUCCAAAUCCAAGAGCAAGAGCAAAUCUGUGAACGAUGGCACGGAUGACUACCUUCACGAGGGCUUUGGGUCUUCGCACAAGUCAAAGAAUGACGCCGCUGGGUUGGCCAGUUCGGGCCACGCAGACAUCCAAUCGAUACAAGAAGGAGCCGAGAUAGCGGGCAAGAUUGUUCUCUUGAGCCGCGGCGGAUGUGGCUUUCUCGAAAAGGUGAAGUGGGCACAGAGACGGGGAGCCGUCGCCCUAAUCGUGGGAGACAACCGACGCGGCGGGCCUCUAAUCCAGAUGUUUGCGCGUGGCGAUACCUCAAACGUUACGAUUCCUUCCAUCUUCACGUCUCGAACUACAGCAUACCUCCUAUCGUCUCUUAUGCAGCCUGGCAGCUUUAUCGAGGACAUUAUUGACGAGAACGGCAAGCCUUCGUACCAAGUACAGCGGUCUGAUAAGGCUCGCAGGAACAGAAACGCCAAGCUGCAGACAGCCACGACGGUUGGAACCCCUAAGAACACCGCUUUGUCUGUCCCAAAAACCCAGGCCAAGAAGGCAGUGGAUUCAAAGUCUGGCAGCCCUACAGAGCUCGAUGCCUCCAGCUCGAGUUGGUACUCCCGUAUCUUCAGCUGGGGUUCGGACUCCAAAGCUGGCGAAAGCAGCCGUCCACCGACUAGUGGCCAGCGUGACUGGGUGCUGGUCGAAGAUUUCUCGGACAGCCAGGAUAAGAUUAUCAAGAACAGCCUCGACAACGCUGCCAAGUCUGAGAAGAAGAGUGGUUCACAUUCCAAGGCAGAUCAGUCGUCCGGCGAUGGAUUCAAGAUUGGCGUCGAGGAUUGGAGAGAUCCCGAUCUUCUCAGCUCAUCCAGCCAGGACAGAUCUCACGUAUCUGCUCAGGGCACUGAGAAGCAUGCCGCGGCAGGCUCCAAGCUUGGCUCAGAGAUUUCCGGAGAUAGGAAGCCCAAGGAUACCAGCGGGCCGAAAGGCGGCAGUAUCACUCCCGGCAGCGGAGAGUACUUGCCCAAUGGACACAAAGGCAAAACCGCGCCGGAAACGAAGCUGGAAACUCCCAAGUCCAAAGGUGAGGGACACCGCGGGUUCUUAUCCAAGCUCUUCGGGACACAUGAUGAGCUCGAAGUUGUCAAAUCCCACCCAGCGCCCCCGUCUGUCAACAAUCCCAUUGUGGAAAUCCCGGCUCCUGAUGAGGAUACGCCACCAGAAGAGGAAGGCCUCUGGGUUGUAAUCACACCUACAAGCGGCGCAAGUCCUUUCUUUGACACGCUUCUGGUCCUGGUCAUUAGCCCACUGAUCACCCUGACUGUGGUCUAUGCGCUCCUCAUUCUCAGGGCCCGCAUCCGUCGUCGUAGGUGGAGAGCCCCCAAGUCUGUGGUAGAAAGACUCCCUGUGCGAACGUACCAUACUGUGGCGUCAACCCCUAGCCAGUCCCCCAGAAUCCCACGUUCUCCGUCGCCCUCGCCUCCUUCGCCAACUACGCCGCUGCUACAAAGUCAACAUGGACCGUCUAGGCCCAGACCCCGCUCAAGGACUACUACGGGUGUCGCGGGUGACUUGUUGCAAGUUAAUGCCUCCCUACAAGUUCCGAAGUCCCCAUCACACGAGAAGCCUAGCGAGUGGAAGAAGUACAUGGGAAGACAAGUGGAGUGCGUGGUAUGUCUUGAGGAGUAUAUCGAUGGCGUCAGUCAGGUCAUGAGCCUUCCUUGUGGGCAUGAAUUCCACGUUGAGUGCAUUACUCCAUGGCUGACCACACGUCGACGUACCUGUCCCAUCUGCAAGGGAGAUGUGGUCCGCUCUUUGGCACGAGGGUCACCUUCCAGUCCACGGUAUGAGCCGUAUCGUGAUGACAGCGAUGACGACUUUGUCGGCGAGGCCUCGACAUCUUCCUCGGGCAGCUCGACACGCUCAGCUCGUAGAGCCGAUACCGAUAUUGACGUCGAGCAAGGCAUUCUAUCGCCAACACCACGCAGAACGCACCAGCAAGAAAAUUGGUUCCGAGCAUUAUCCAGAAGCCUCAGAGAAGCUUCAACCCCGUCAACUACACGGUCUCGGGAGACUGCCGAUGACCGAAAUCGGUGA